GGAAGCUUCCCGCAGCAGGCGACAACAGCCCGAGAGACGGCGGCGGAGGUGACAGUUGGGCUUUUCGCCGCUCAGCAGAGCCGCAGCUGGAAGCACCUCCAAGAAGAAGAAGAAGAAGAAGAAGAGGAGCUGGGAGCUCAGGCCGUGGGACUUGGGAUUGCACAUUUUGGGAUCCGCUAUGGAAUAAGUUUGGAUUCUCCGGGACGGUCAUUGAUGCUUUCCGACCAUGACUAAGAGCCGUGGCUCGGCCAAGAGAGUGACCUCUGCGGGCCCCGCAGCCUGAGGAGGAGGAGGAGGAGGAGGAGGAGAGGGGGGGUCUGACUCUCCCCUGUGGCGCCAUGGCGUCCAAGGAAAGGCUCUACGAGGUGUGGAUGCUCUACUGCACCAAGAGGGAUCCGGACUACUUCAAGAUAUGGCUGGAGACUUUCAUCAGCUCGUAUGAGCAAUGUCUCGAUGUGGACUUUGAGAAGCCCCUUUCGAGACCAGAGGAGGUCCCGCCUGUGUUGACGCUGCUGCCCGACAACAUCCUGCAGGUUUUGCGCCACCAGCUGCUGCAGUGCGUCCAGAAAGCAUCGGAUGGUCUAGAGCCCGAGCAGCAAAACCUGGCUCUGCUGCUGCUGAAGUUCCUCAUCAUUAUCUGCAGGAACUUGUCCAAUGUUGAGGAGAUUGGCACUUGCUCUUACAUCAAUCACAUCAUCACCAUGACAACACUGUAUAUUCAGCAGCUUAAGAGUCGGACCAAGGAGAAGGAGAUGAUGGACCAGAGUCAGGCGGAGGACUUUGUCCGUCACUCGCUGGCGUUCUGCGAGAGCCUCUAUGACCCGUACCGCAACUGGAGACAUCGGACAAGCGGGGAGCAGCUGGGCACCGUGGAGAGGGGAAGGCAGAAGUACAAGGCCGCUCCACUCACCGUGGAAUUUGUUCCCUUCUUUUACCAGUGCUUCCAGGAGAGCGAGCAUCUGAAGGAGAGCCUGAAAUGCUGCCUGCUGCACCUGUUCGGAGCCAUAGUAGCAGGGGAUCAGAGGAACGCGCUGCUCGCCAUCUCUCCUGCCACCAUGGAGGUGCUGACCAGGGUGCUGGCCGACAGCUGCACGGGCAGCUGCUCGUCGGACGAGGCCGAGGACUGGGAGAGCGAGGCCGUCAGCCGCAUGGCCCUGCUGACUUUGGGCUGCCUCAGGGAGGUGGUGCAGUGCCUGCUGGCCUCCAGCUCCGACCAGCGGCAGGUGGAGAUCGCCUCUGUCCUGGAAAACUACUUCAAGCUGCUCAACUCGGACCCGGCGGCUGCGGUCGCUGCCAAACAGCAGCAGCAGCCAGCCAAGGGUCGGGUUCCCACGCUGGGCCGACACUGGGAGAUCCGAUUCGUGGCGCUGCAAGUGCACAUGCUAGACACCAUCAGGGACAUGUUCCUGUGCUCAGACAGGCCGGUUCUACAAGCCAUCUUCCUCAACAGUAACUGCUUUGAGCAUCUGAUACGACUGCUGCAGAACAGCAAGCUGGUUAACGCUAGGUGCACGGCGGCAGACAAGGACCAGAAAGAUAUAACCAACAACAGGUUACAGACAGGAGAGAGGGACAUUCAGGUGAUUCAAGGACGGCUCGACUCGUUAGCUGUAGCCACCAUCAAAGCCCUGACGACAGUUAUGCAUAAAUCCCCAGCUGCUAAGGAGGUUUUUAAGGAACGGAUCGGCUACAAUCACCUGUAUGAAGUUCUGACCUCCCUCGGCCAGCCGUCUCGACACCUCCUCAAGGAGCUGAUGGCCAUGUCGGUGGAGGGCGAGCACACCUCCGUGGGCCUCCUCGGGAUCAGCAACGUGGAGCCGUUGCUGCUGUUGGUCCAGUGGCUCCCCGAACUGGACUCGGCCGACCUGCAGCUCUUCACGGCCGACUGGCUGCGCCGCCUCAGCUGCCUCAACCGGCAGACGCGCGCCACCUGCGUCAACGCCGCCAUGGUGGUGCGGGCCUUGGCCGCCCUGGAGCACCACGAGCGGCUGCACAGAGCCUGCGCCGAGAGCCUGUUCGGAUUACUGGGCUCGCUGGGCUCGCAGUCUUUGAGUGGCAGGGAACUGCUGGGACUGCUGCGCCUCCUCAGGACGCCGGAGCCCAGCCGGGCUCAUCCGUACGUAGGUCCGGCCCUCAGGGCCCUCCUGACCAUGGUCCGCAAGCAGGGGCUGGAGAACGCCAUGCAGUACUUUGAUCUGUCGCCCAGCAUGGCGGGGAUCGUCGUUCCGACUGUGCAGCGCUGGCCCGGAUCCGCCUUCAGCUUCCACGCCUGGUUGUCGCUGGACCAGGACCAACUGGGUCCAAUAAGCAAAGACAAAAGGAAGCAGCUGUACAGUUUUUUCACCCCUGGGGGUACAGGGUUCGAGGCCUUUAUCAGCUCGGCGGGCGUGCUGGUGGUGGCCGUGUGCACCAAGAAGGAGUACGUCACCGUCAUGCUGCCAGAGUACUGUUUCUGUGACUCCCUCUGGCACAGCAUCGGCGUGGUGCACGUACCUGGAAAGAGGCCGUUUGGACAGAGUCUCGUCUACAUUUAUGUGGAUGGGCAGCAGAAACUGUCCGCCCCCCUCAAGUACCCCGUCAUGACAGAGCCGUUCAUCUCCUGCUGCAUAGGCUCCGCGGGCCAGCGCACCACCACCCCCCCGCCCUCGCAAAUCCCAGACCCGCCCUUCUCCUCCGCCAGCGCCCCCACCGCUCGAUCCUCGCUGGGCGGCAUCCUGUCGCCGCACACCUGGGGCGGGCUGCUGGGGGGCAAGCCCGAGUCCGUCACCAAGCUGAUCUCAGCCGGGACCCAGGACAGCGAGUGGGGAAGCCCGACGUCCCUGCAGGGCCAGCUCGGAGGCGUCAUGGUGUUUCACGAGGCCCUGCAGCCCGGUCACAUAAAGGCCAUCUGCAGCGCUGGUCCUAACUGCGUCUCUCCAUUUAAGGCCCAGGAAUCAGAACUCGGUGACAUUUCAGCCAAGCUGCUGUUGCAUUACUCCCCCAAGGCCUGUAGAAAUCCCAUCUGUCUCGACCUUUCUCCAAACAUGCUCCACGGGCGUCUCACUGGGAACAAAGUGGUCAACUGGGAUAUAAAGGAUAUGAUCAACUGUGUCGGUGGGCUGCCGGUGCUAUUCCCACUGCUGGAGCAGCUGUCCUCCGUGAGCCCCGAGCAGCAGGGCGCCGACCCUGCGGCCGCGUCAGACUUCAUCACGCCAGAUGUGUGCACACCAGCCGACGGGGACUGGGUCAUCCUUCCAUCUAGCAGAGCUUCAGAGGCGCGCCUGGAGAAGAACCUGGUGGCCACUUUCCUUUUGGUGCUGAAGCAUUUCCUGCAGAGGCACCCGAUCAACCAGGAGAACCUGCUCCACUCGCACGGCGUGGGGACGCUGGGAGUCCUGCUGCAAAAGCUUCCCGCAGGUGUCGUGGACGUCAGCGUGCUGGUGGCCGUGCAGCUGCUGAUCGAGCAGGUGAGCUGCGAGAAGAACCCGGCCCUGCUGCAGCAGAUCCACACACAUCUGCUCUUCAACUUCAACAUCUGGAACAAAGGAGAUUUCCCCCUGCGCAUCGGUCACAUCCAGUACAUGUCCACCGUCAUCAAGGACGACAGGAAGCAGUUCAGGAAGAGAUACGGAGUUCAGUUUCUGCUGGACACCAUGCGCCUCUAUUACGGGAAGAACGCGAGCAGGGAGAACGAGCUGAGCGAGGACGACGUCCGCACCGUCCGCGCUUCUCUCUGCGGCCUCAUCAAGUAUUACAUCAGCAAGGGCAUGUCGCAGGAGGAGAUGCACAGCAUCCUGGGAUACAUCGCGGCAAUCGGCGACGAAGACCAGCUCUGUGGCCUCCUGGAAAUGUUGCUCAGCCUCCUGCAGAGCAGCCCGGCCAAAGACCAGCUCUAUCUGCUCCUCUUUGAGCCCGCGGCAGCAGACUCCUGCUACACGCUUCUGCUCAACAACAAGCACUCAGACAGGCUGAGGGAGCUCGUCUUCAAGCUGUUCGAGCGGAUGCUGCGCUGCGACCGGGUUUACGAGAGGAACAAGCAGCGGCUGCGCCUGAGGGAGGCCGGUUACAGCGGGCUGUCGCUCGUCUUCUCCGAGCUCCACAUCACGCCCUCGCUGAUCCGCUGUCUCCUCAAUCAGAUCCUCCACACAGAUCCGGUGGUGAGCUACAAGGACCUGAUGGCUCUGGUGCAGCUGACACACCGGGCCGGACCUAGCGUGCGCCUGAUUGUCUGCAAGCGGGUGUACCAGCUGCUGCAGUCCCAACAGGACGCCGCCAGCCAGAUAGCAAAGCAGCAGUGCUGGCAGGACACCCUCGUGCGGCUGUACCUGCGGGGCGAGGGCUCCCUCACCCUGCGUGGCUCCGACACGGCCAGCGCCUGCAGCCUGGACUUCAACCGAAACGGCGGCCACCGCCUGGAGCUGCCGCUGGACAGGCGGGCGCGGGCAGGCAGCGCCGGCCGCCUGGACCGGCUGGAGGACGACCGGGUCAGCGUGGGAGACGCGCGCUCCGUGGACAGCCUGGAGAACGGCGACGUCAUCUCGCUGCUGGACACGCCCUCCUCCUCUGCGUCCACCGAGCCGCAGCCUCCGGUCCGGCCGUGGGCGCUGGGCAAAUCCGGGGGCCUGACGUUGGAUCUGUCGCGCGUUCAAGGCUACGAGGGCGGCGAGAGCGGCGGCCAGACGCCCGGGAGCAUGCCCAGUACGCCUUCUCCGCUGGAGGCGAAGCCGCUCCCCGGGAACUCCGGGGAUAAAGACGCAACGUCUUCUUUGACUGAAGACAGCUUCCUGUUUAGCGACAACAUCUCGCUGGGAGAAUCCUUCAGCAACGCCGAGAGGGCAGAGGAGGAGCUGUGCAGCAUGCUGCUGGAGAUCGUCCUGAGUGUGAUGUGGCGAGGAGUCGAGGGCUCCGAUGACGCCGCCUGGCUGGAACGGGGCCAGGUCUUCUCAGCCCUCACCAAACUGGGGACCGCCAACGAGCUGCUGCUUCCCGUCGACCAGAUCAAGCUCAGCCUAUUUGAGCGCAUGCUAGAGCUGGCUGUGGCGGACAACCGGGAGGCCUCGGCCGCUUCGCUGCCGCAACACACCGAGAACGCGGUGCGCCUGCUGCACAUCGUGCAGGACUUCCUCCAGGCGGAGGGUCUGGUCAACCCGGCGCUGUGGACAGACCAGGUGCUAGAAGAGACCGUGACGCUGAUGGACUGCCUCAUGGUGUGGUACUCCGCUGGAACCCAGUGGUUACAGCUCUCCCAAGUAGGACUGAGACUCCUGAUGGGCUUCAUGGCCCAGGAGGACACUGAAGUGUGUGCUAUGGCCUCGGCCAAGCUCAACGGCAUCCUGCAAACCAAAGAGGUGUCCAACCAGGACGAGGCCUGCUACCUGCUGGGGAAGUUGGAGGGGAUCCUGCGGCGCUCCAUCCAGGAGCAGAGCGAGGAGACCUACACUUUCCUGGUCCCCGUGCUGCGGACGCUGCUCUCCAAAGUCCACCGCCUCCUCUACAUGGAGUUGCACCUGCCUCAGCUGCCCGACACCAACGGAAGCCCGUCUUUCUUUGAAGACUUCAAGCUGUAUUGCAACUCGCCCGAGUGGCGCGUCUACCUCGACAAAUAUAUCAUUCCAUACAUGAAGCAGUAUGAAAUCGAGAUGUUCAGUCAGGGUCACGAAACCAUGGCUCUGUACUGGAAGGAGUGCUACGAAGCCUUCAUGGUCAGCUUGCACAAGAGGGAAAGGGAGAGGGGCGAGAGUAAGAUCCGCUUCCAGGAACACUUUGUGGAGCCGUUCUCCCGCCGCAGCCGGCAGGAGAACCUGCGCUACAACAACAUGUUGAAGCAGCAGCACAGCCAGAACAACGCCACCCUCAGGCAGUGGAAGGCGGCGCGACGGGGUCUGGUGUGCGAAAGGGGUCCGUGGGCCGACAGACAACAAGAUGAGAUGCACUGGAGAGUGUCCAGCGCAGAGAACUUCUCCAGAAUGAGGCUGAAGCUCGUGCGCAAUUACAACUUUGACCCUCACCGGGAGGCCAGUGCUCUGAGAGACAACCUGGGUGUCCAACAGCAGCGUGUGAAUCCCGAGUCUCUGCUGCUGGAGGCUGUGAAGCAAGUCAAAGUCAGCGACCUGGAAGACGACAUCCUGGAGCUGCCGGAGGACGACCCUGCGGCCGCCAGCAACCCGGCUGAAGCAGAGGAGGUGGGUCAAAAGGAGAAAAUGGUGUUGUUGGAGGACUGUGAGCUGGUGACGGUGGUGGACGUUGUCCCAGGCCGCCUGGAGCUCACCACUCAUCACAUCUACUUCUAUGACAGCAGCCAGGAGAAGGAGGAGGGAGUGGGCCAUGACUUCAAAUGGCCCCUUUCACAGAUCCGGGAGGUCCACCUGCGGCGAUAUAACCUGCGUCGCUCAGCCCUUGAAAUCUUCCUCAUUGACCAGACCAAUUAUUUCCUUAACUUCAAAAAGGAGGUGAGGAACAAAGUCUACAGCCGCAUGCUGCUGCUGCGAUCGCUCAGCCUUUAUGGGACCCGUUCACCUCAGGAGCUCCUGAAAGCCUCUGGACUCACACAGAAAUGGGUGAACCGAGACAUUUCCAACUUUGACUACUUGAUGCAGCUCAACACGAUCGCAGGCAGAACGUACAACGACCUCUCCCAAUACCCAGUGUUUCCCUGGAUUCUAGCCGACUACAGUUCAGAAGAGCUGGACCUCUCUGACCCGCGAGUAUUCAGGGACCUGUCCAAGCCGGUGGCGGUGCAGAACGAGCGCAACGCCAAAGCAGUCAGAGAGAAGUACGAAAGCUUUGAGGACCCAACAGGCACUAUAGACCGAUUCCAUUACGGCACCCACUACUCCAACGCCGCCGGAGUGAUGCACUACAUGGUCCGAGUGGAGCCCUUCACCUCCCUGCACAUCCAGCUGCAGAGCGGAAGGUUCGACUGCGCCGACCGCCAGUUCCACUCCAUCCCAGCGACGUGGCAGACCCUCAUGGACAACCCCAACGACGUCAAGGAGCUCAUCCCGGAGUUCUUCUACUUCCCUGAAUUUCUGGAGAACCAAAACGAUUUUGAUCUGGGCCGCCUGCAGCUCUCUAAGGAGAGGGUAACUGAUGUCGUUCUGCCUAAAUGGGCCAAAUCCCCGGAGGACUUCAUCUACAAGCACCGCAAAGCUCUGGAAUCAGAACACGUCUCAGCCCACCUCCACGAGUGGAUCGAUCUGAUCUUCGGCUACAAACAGAGGGGCCCCGCAGCCGUGGAGGCUCUCAACGUCUUUUACUACUGCACUUACGAAGGGGCUGUGGACCUGGACGCAAUCACUGACGAAAAGGAGCGAAAGGCCGUCGAAGGCAUGAUCAGCAACUUUGGUCAGACCCCCUGCCAGUUGCUUAAGGAGCCGCAUCCGGUCCGCCUGUCUCAGGAGGAGGUGGAGAAGAGGAAGGCUCAGCAGGACUCCAGUCCUCUCAACAUGUUCGAACACCUCAGCGAUCUCAAGUCCUUCUUUGUUGAGGGCAUCAGUGACAACGUGCCGCUGGUUAAAGCCGUCGUGCCAAAGAACCAGUCCCAUUCAUUUAUCACCCAGGGAAGCCCCGACACGAUGGUGACGGUGAGUCAGAACUGCCUGGUGGGGACCCAUGGGUGGCUGCCUUACAAUAAGAACAUCUCCAACUACUUCACCUUCAUCAAGGACCCCACCGUGUCCAAUGCCAAAACCCAGCGUCUCCUGUCCGGGCCCUUCGCCCCCGGCGUGGACCUAGCAGCAGGUCUGUUUGUCGUCUCCCACGACGGGAAGCUGCUCUUCAGCGGUGGACACUGGGACAACAGCCUUCGGGUCACCUCGCUGGUCAAGGGCAAGACCGUGGGGCAGCACAUCCGACACAUGGAUGUGGUGACCUGCUUAUCAACAGACCACUGCGGCAUCCACCUGAUCUCUGGCUCCAGAGACACAACCUGCAUGGUGUGGCAGGUUCUGCAGCAGGGUGGAGCUCCUGUUGGUCUGUCUCCCAAACCUAUCCAGGUGCUGUAUGGGCACACGGAUGAGGUGGUCAGCGUGGCCAUCAGCACGGAGCUGGAUAUGGCUGUGUCUGGAUCAAGAGACGGCACGGUCAUCAUCCACACCGUCCGCCGAGGUCAGUACAUGCGCUGCCUGCGGCCCCCGUGUGACAGCUCCCUGCCGCUGUCCGUCCUCCACCUGGCCGUGUCCUGGGAGGGUCACCUGCUGGUCCACACGUGUCUGGAGGGCAAGGCCUCGCUCAAAGACAAGAACACGCUGCACCUGUACUCUGUAAACGGGAAGCACCUCUGCAGCGAGCGGCUGAAGGAGCAGGUGACGGACAUGUGUGUUUCAGGGGAGUAUGUCGUCAUGGGCAGCGAGCAGGGCUACCUGUGCAUCCGGGAUCUCUACAGCCUGUCCCUCAGCGCCGAGCCCAUGGCCAUGCGGGUGCCCGUCCGCAGCGUCUCCGUCACCAAGGAGCAGAGCCACGUGCUGGUGGGCCUGGACGACGGCAAGCUGAUCAUCGUCGGCGUGGGCAAGCCGGCGGAGGUAAAGAACUCACUGCGGAACUACAUCGCUCAGAGCCUGGAGGGCUCGCCGCUCAUGGCCUCGCCGCUGCUGGCCCCGCUCCGGGCUCGCUCGCCGACGCGCCUCCUCCACCAGCGGGACCAGCUGGUGUUCAGCCCCGCCUCCAGCCCACAGAGACCCUAGCAUGUAGCCUCUCCUCCUCAGGGACGGUCGUCUCCCUCGGUAGCAAACGCACCGAUGUCUGAGCCAGAUGCGGUCCAAACUACUUCCUGUGCGUCCAGUUUGGAGAUUGACUUCUAAACCUUAGAGAAAUCUGAAAUAUGCUGUGAAACUCCUGCAAACUAAAGCCAUAAGAACUAAUAACGAUCGUCUUGUGCCAAAUAGUUAGUAGACAUGUGGGAGCUUAGUUUCAAUCAUUCCCACCUUCUCGCUUUCCCUCAUUUUUUUUUUUUGCUUAGAUUGACUGAAGUGAAUCUAGCCUUGAUUGUUUUCCUUUGUUACCUCACAAGUCAAUCAAGCUCCAAUCAUGAAUCACAUCCCUCCUUUCCCUCCUCCUUUUGUUUCCUUUGACUUCACACUUUUCUCCCCACACUCUCCCCCAACUCCCCCUCUCUCUCCAUCUUCUUUUUUCCUCUCCCUCCACUCUUCCCAGAUGCGAUCGAGCCAGAUCACGCGAAAGCUGUGGGGCUCCGGCAAGCGGCGUACUCAGAUCUCCGCAGAGACGGAGUACAACCCCCAGCAGGAGAGCGCCUGAUCCCAGACCAGUCCUGCGCUUCCCGUUACCCUUCCCAUCCCGCUUCAUUUUCAGAGACUCGCGUUUCUUUCCCCCAAGCUGAGCAGGUGAUCGGGUGCGUGCCCAUCCUCUCUUGGUUUGCUCCUGCCUCGGAUUGACCGUCAAAGCGCUGGCGCUGGGGUCCCUUUGCAGGAAACCCCCCCACCUCUACUCCCCAGACACUACCCAUUCCCUCUUCAUUCCUCCUCUUUUUAAACAAGUGCGCAUGUGUGUGUGUGUGUGCGUGAGAAGCAUAUCGCCAUUGUUUUAAAAUCUAGUUUCAAGUGACCUUUAUUUUGAGUUAGACCGGUGGGUGUGUUUAUGUCGAAGCUGCCACCAGGCAGCCGUACGCAGUAAGAACGGCCCUCGACAAAACGAAACUCUAUGCCUUUUUCCUGUGCGUUUGUAUACAGAGAGAUACAAUUGUUGGCACACCUGCAAAGAUGUAUGAAAAGAUGCUUAAAUCAUCAUUUAUUGCAGUAACAAAUUGAAAAACUUUGUGGGGAGAAAUCCUCAGUUUGAGUAGAGUUAUUUAUUCAGUGUUGAUUUGGCCUUAUGUUAUUGAUUGUUAUCCUGCUGAAGGACCUGAUUUUUGUUUCCACGUGUUCUGGUACUUUCUAAGGCCUUUCAAAGACAAACAGGCCCACAGCAUCACGGAUCCCCCACCGUACCCAACAGCAGGAAUAUUCUCUGUUAGGCCAGAAGCAACUGCAGUGUUUUCAUACACUGAUUCAACAGAGGGAGAAUAAUCAGAAAUCCUAGUUUUAUCAAAAUCCCGAGUGGCAAUUAGUGGUACUCCUGAAAAUACCUUUUAAAAUGAAGGCACUGAAGCAUUCGUUGAUUGGAGGUUACCUUUUGGAGGGGAUCAGCAUCCAGGGGCUUUCUGAUUAGCGAUCCACUUACUUGCAGCUUCCCUGGGGUUUAAACAUCUGUGACACAGAAGACGGUUUCUCUUAGCUCCGUUAAAAACAGCAAAGAGAAGAAAACAUGCAGUAGAGUUAAGAGCCCACAAUGCCUUGCCCUCGAAAAGGUUUUCUCUGGCUUUUGGAAAAGCAUUCGGCCCACAGCAUUACACGUGCCACGUUGUGCUUAAAGGUGGGCAUAAGGUACUUUAUUGCGUAUUUAUCCUUAGAGUAUAGCAAACUCCGCGUUUAUAGCCUCUGAUGGUUGAUGUAGAGACUUGGUGACCUCUACGUACGUAACCUUUCUGCAGUUCUCUAACAUUGAGCUUAGCAGAAUUGAAUAAUUUGGAUAAAUAACCUCAUGGAGCCUGGUUUAAGCAUUUUAAUUGUUUCUCUGGGUGUAGAUAUGGGCAGGAUUGGCUCCAAAUUUAAGUAACUUUUAUUUAUACUUAUAAAUACUUUGGCUGCCAGUACUUGUACAGCUGGUGAUUCUGUUAGAAAAUGUCCUCUUGAAUAAGCUGAAAAGAUGAAUAUGUGGGAAAGGCGACUCUUGCCCACAGUUUUUAAAGGCAUAUAUCUAUGAUGCUGUGGGCCUGUGCUGGGAUGCCAUAUCUACACUAAAUAAAUGUAUCUUACCCUGAACAUAUGCUACAGCAAUGAGAAACUAAGACGUUUGAGGCUUUUUAUACAUCUGAAGCGGGUAAACGUGCCCAGCACUAUAAAAAAAAAAAAAGUAUCCACAUACAAGCAUGUUAUGUUUUUUUUUUUUCUUCUUAAGUUUGUUGUGUUUUCUGAUAAUCCGAGACAUACGCUAGUCGACGCUAGAGAGAUUAAUCAGCAGGCGUGUUUUGUUUUGUACGUGUCACUAAACACUACAUUAUCGCACAGCAAGCUUCCAUCUGAAGAUUUAACACAGGAAAAAAAAAAAAAAAAAAGCGGCUGAAUGUUUUUGAGUUACUUGAAACUGUGUUUUAUUUAUGAGUAGCAUUCUUUUCAUAUCGGAUUUAUCCUCCUGAAGACUCCUGCGUGGCGUGUGCGUUGGAUUUCCUCCGACUGUGACUGUUCGCAUGCUUGUGAGAGAGAAGAAAUCCACAAGGGCUUUCUGAGAUGUCAGUGUUAGCAGCAAUACCGGUCCUUCGUGGCGAGCCUGUCGGUCGUCUCUUCCUCCGUCUGGUUCCAGUCUUCCUUCUGCUCUGACCGGGUCAGCGUCUCACUAGUUUGACCCGUCGAUGCUUCCGUCGUUGCCCAGAGAGUCCUGUCAUAUUUUCAUAUCUUUAUUUUCUGCUCACUAUGACUGAUAUUGGUGAAGAUUAUUUACUCGGCAGUAUGAAGCAGCUACCGAUGAAACUGCUGGGUUUUUUUUUUUUUUGCACCAUAUUUUUGCCUCGGCCCCUUUUACUUCGCCUGCGAUUACUUUUUAUCUACUUUAUUAUUUAAAUGUCACAGCUUGGGGGAGUGCAAAGACCAAACGGCGUCCUUUCUUGAGAUUUCUGUAAAAGGUGCUUAAAUUGUUUUCUGAAUGCAUGUUUAUCAUUCUCACAAAGGACCACUGUUUGAGCUGCUCCAUGACUGCAACAAACGGAGUGCCUUUUAUGCCAGUCGCGUCAACAAUAGAGCUAGAUCCGUCAUUACUGAAGCCAUUCGUCCCCCAAAACCGACUUACGCAGCAUUCCACAUGACCAACCUCAACAGUCUCAAUGGGAACCAAUGAUAUUGGACUUAAAUAAUAAUCAGAAAUGCUAUUUUGUGUCUUAGCUGCAUCCUCUGUGAGUGUCACCUAAAUGGAUGUGUGUAUAUCUGUGAUUAUUUAUGAAUACAAUAUAUAUAAAUAUAUAUAUAUAUAAAAAAUGUACAGCAUGAUUUUUAUUUCAGUGUCUUUUAAAUGUCCUUUUUGCACUUUCUAGGUACUAAAAAUUGUAACAUUGUUUUAACUUGGCUCCCUAAUCUGUACAAACUGCUUUGUAUACACACGUGGGAAAAUGAUCAUUAAAGUCCUGUCUAAAUUAAAA